ACCCGGUGGCUUUUGCUUUCCAUUUUUGGAAAGCUCCACCCACGUUACUCAACAGAGUCUGUCAUCAGCCUUUUUCCUUUGCUUUCUUUUACUCACCUCUCAAUUAUUGGUUUUGGCAAAAAAGUCAGCAUUUGGUCCACCACCAUCAAUGAUUCCUUCAAGCCUCAUGCAUUUUGGCAAUAGAGACCAGUCUUUGCUUUGCAGUUUGUUGCUGUGAUUCUGCAUUAAUUCUGCUUACCUUCAUUUUUCCUGUAUUGAAUCUCGCUGAAUUCCUUUUGCAAUGGCGGACGCACUCCUCUUGGCUUCACUUCAAGUUCUACUCGACAGGUUGGCUUCUCCGGACCUCAUCAACUUCAUCCGGGCACAAAAGCUCAGCCAUGAACUCCUCACCAACUUUAAGAGGAAAUUGCUGGUUGUCCACAAAGCGCUCAAUGAUGCGGAGAUGAAGCAAUUUUCAGAUCCACUUGUCAAAGACUGGCUAGUCCAAGUUAAGGAUGCUGUGUAUCAUGCGGAGGACCUGUUGGACGAGAUCGCUACCAAAACUUUGCGGUGCCAGAUCGAAGCUGCUGAACACCCCCAAACUGGCGGAAUUUAUCAGGUGUGGAACAAGUUCUCCACCAGGGUUAAGGCUCCAUUUGCUACUCAAAGAAUGGAGCCCAGGGUCAAGGGCUUGAUUACCGUACUUGAAAACAUUGCACAAGAAAAAGUUGAGCUUUGGCUGAAAGAAGGUGAAGGCGAUAAACUGUCACCAAGACCACCAACCACUUCUUUGGUGGAUGAGUCCUCUGUGGUGGGCAGGGAUGGAAUCAAGGAGGAGAUGGUGAAGUGGUUGCUUUCUGAAAAGGAAAAUGCAACAGGCAACAACGUCAUAGAUGUGAUGUCCAUGGUGGGCAUGGGCGGCAGCGGCAAGACCACACUCGCUCAGCUUCUCUAUAACCAUGACACGGUCAAACAACACUUCCACUUGAAAGCAUGGGUCUGUGUUUCCACUGAGAUUUUUCUCAUCGAGGAGCUUAAACUCAAAGAGAGAGUAGGUAACAAGAAAAAGAGAAGCUGAUUCUAUUAUGGAUGGCAGAAGGGCUUUUACAUGCGGGACAAAGUGAAGAAAGACUGGAAGAGGUAGGUGAGUCAUGUUUUAAUGAGCUUCUAGCAAAGUCAUUUUUUCAACAAUCUAUUACAAAGGAAUCAUUUACCAUAAAAUCAUGCUUUGUAAUGCAUGAUAUAAUACAUGACUUGUCUCAACAUAUCUCCAGCGAAUUUUGUGUUCAAUUGGAAGAUUAUAAGGUGCAAAAAAUAACUGAUAAGGCUCGUCAUUUUCUUUACUUUUAAAGUGGCUACGACUGGAUGGUUGUACGUGAUAAGUUUGAGGCUAUUGGUGAAGCUAAACAUCUCUGGACAUUCUUAGACGUGAAGAGAUUUACACGUAUUCCUUAUUAUACAUGGAGUAAAAGAGUUUUACAAAAUAUAUUACCAAAAUUUAAAUCCUUGCGUGUGUUAUCAUUGUGUGCAUACAACAUAACAGAUGUGCUUGAUUCAAUACACAAUUUAAAACAGUAGUGUUACUUGGAUCUCUCUUUUAUGAUGAUUGAAAAAUUACCUAAAUCAAUAUGUUAUUUGUACAAUUUACAUACGAUCGAUGAUAUUGAGUAGAUGUCACAUUCUUCUUGAAUUGCCUUCAAAAAUGGGGAAAUUGAUUAGAUCAAUUAAAAAGUUUACAACAGUUGCCUUAUGUUAUUGUGGGCCAAAAAAGUGGAUAUGGAAUUGGAGGAUGGAUUGAGAGAGUUUCCGGAGAUUCAGGGAAUACUUAAAACUUCAAAAAUGGAGAAUGUAGUGCGCGUUGAGGAUGCAUUGCAAGGACAUAUGAAGGAUAAGAGAUACCUGGAUGAGUUAUCCCUGAAUUGGAAGGACAUGAUUAUUAGUGAUGUUAUACAAAUUAAUGGUGUAAUAGACAAUAUUCUUAGCUGGUUACAACCUCAUCCAAAUUUAAAAUAACUCUCCAUCAUAAAGUAUCCUGGUGUAACAUUUCCAUAUUGGCUUGGAGAUCCUUCAUUCUUGAAUCUUGGGUCCCUUAAGCUUUGGGGUUGUGGCAAUUGCUCAACAUUGCCGCCACUGGGGCAGCUACCUUGUCUUAAACUUCUAGAGAUCUCAGACAUGAAAGGAGUAGUCAGGGUGGGUGGUGAGUUUUAUGGGAACUCCUCUUUUUCACUUCAGCCCUCCUUCCCAUCCCUGUAAACUAUAUCAUUUUGUAAUGUCCAAUUGGGAGAAAUGGUUAUGUCGUGGAGGCAUACGUGGAGAAUUCCCUCGUCUCCAGGAGCUUUCUAUAAGGCAAUGUCCUAUACUCAUUGGGGAAUUACCAAUACACCUUCCUUCAUUGCAGGAACUUAACCUUGAAAUAUGUCCGCAACUGCUUGUGCCUACACUCAAUGUUCCUGCUGCCCGUAGAUUGCAGUUGAAAAGGCAAACUUGUGGGUUCACAGCUCUUCAAACUUCAGAAAUUGAAAUUUCAGACGUCUCUCAAUGGAAGCAACAUCCACAAAGUGUGAUUCUAUGGAGUCUCUGCUAGAGGAGGAAAUCCUGCAAACCAACAUCCACAGUUUAAAAAUUUGUGACUGCUCUUUUUCAGAUCCCCGAGCAAAGUUGGUUUACCCACUAUGUUGCAAUCACUAUCAAUCUCUUACUGUACCAAAGUGGACCUUAUUCUACCAGAGUUGUUCAGAUGCCAUCACCCUGUACUUGAAAAUCUAUCAAUCAAUGGUGGUACCUACAAUAAUUCUCCCCCAUUAUCCUUCUCAAUAUUGGACAUCUCCCCCAGGUUGACUAAUUUCGCAAUCCAUGGUCUUAGGGACUUGAGAAGCUCUGCAUUUCGAUUUCAGAGGGCGAUCCCAUAUCUCUUCUUAAUUUGGAAAUCAGAGGGUGCCAUAAUCUUGUAUAUAUCCAACUGCCUGCUCUGGACUCAAUGGACCACGAGAUUUCCAGUUGCUCCAAGCUCAGAUUGCUGGUCCACACACACUCAUCUCUGCGGAAACUGAUUUUAAGGGAUUGCUCAGAAUUUUUGUUUCACAGAGAAGGUUUGCCUUCCAACCUACGUGAACUAGAAGUUUGUCGCUGCAACCAACUCACAUCCCAGGUGGAUUGGGAUUUGCAAAGAUUGACCUCUCUUACUAAAUUAACAAUCAAAGGUGGAUGUGAAGACGUGGAAUUAUUUCCCAAGGAGUGCCUGCUGCCCUCUUCUCUGACUUAUAUUUCAAUCUCAGAUCUUCCAAAUCUCAAGUCUCUUUACAGCAGGGGGCUUCAACGACUCACCUCUCUUCUACAAUUAGAGAUCAGGAAUUGCACUGAGCUCCAGUUCUCCAUAGGGGUCCGUUCGUCAACACCAUAUUUCUCUCAAAAUAUUAUACUUGUGCCCAAGGCUCCAAUCCUUAACAGAAGCAGGUCUUCACCACCUUACCACUCUUGAAACCUUGUAUAUCGCCAACUGCCCUAAGCUCCAGUAGUUGACACUGCCAGACUCCCUCUCUCUUAUCUGUAUGUCUACAAAUGUCCUUCACUAGAACAACGGCACCAAUUUGAGAAAGGGCAAGAAUGGCGUUAUAUAUCUCACAUUCCAAAAAUAGAGAUCAAUGAUGUGCUAUUUUAAUGAAAGUGGCACUGCACCAACAUAUCGGCAGCUUCAAGCCUGAGACGAAUUUUGAAUAGCUGUAGAUGAGGAUUCAACCUAGGUGCUCGCAUUUUGACACAGACAAUUCUCAUAUUCUAACGGCACUCACAUAUUCAUGCCCUGUUUUUUAUUUGGCCAUAUGCAUAACCCAAGUGAACCGCUUAAUGACUGGAAAAACAUGGAUGCUUUGGUUCUUCCUCACUUUCUUUGUCAUUUCUCUUAUACAGGCAUGGAGGAAACCAUGGAUGUAUUCUAUGUUGGUAUAAGAUUAAAUACUUAUACAAAAAAUAUAUUUUUGGGCUGCUGGAACUCUGAUUUUAUUGAUGAAGAGUGCUGAAUUUAUACAUGAACUUGUAACUUAAAUGACAUUAGAAUAGCAGAAAAUCAAGCUACUAGAUGAUGAAUAACUACUUCCUAUAAAAUAGAAACCAAAUCUUGACCAAAUAAAAAUAAGAAAAUAUCUAGAUGUUGCAGAUUUUGUGCAAGACUCCAGCUGCAAUAUUCAAAAUUCAAAUUCCAGCAAAUACUAAGUCAAAAUUCAACACUCCUCCUUGACUUCGUAGAUGCAAACUCCAAGUCUUGCACGUAGACACUCAAACCAAACUUCGAAAGGGGUCUGCUUCUUUAACACUUUUGUUGGCAAUAUGUUCAGAAAAUAUACUGCUCUACUUGCAGUUUUAGCCCAAAAUUGUUUGCAUUCCAUUUCAAGGAUGACAUUUUUUGAGAUCCACCAAACAUUGUUUGCAUUCCAUUUCAAGGAUGGCAUUUUUUGAGAUCCACCAACAUCAGUAUGCACCAGUUGCAGUUUUUGGGUUGCUCUCCAGGAUAUUUUCUUUGGAAAGGGAAGUUUAGUUUGCUUCCCAUAUUGACAAGUAGCACAUAUAGGAAGAUCUUUUUCUAAGUCAGGAAGUCCUUCAACUAUUUGAUUUUUCUUCAUGUAGAGCACAUCAUCAUGAUGAAAGUGCUCGACCCUUCUGUCCCAAAACAUUGUUGUGCUAUCUUGUUGUAAAAUAGCAGUAUGCUCAUCUUCCAGUAAAUUCAAGGCAAAACUUUUGCCCUUCAUUUUUAUGUUGAACACCUCUUUGCCUUCAGCAUCCUUGAUAAUGCAAUUCCUAUCUUCAAAAUAAACUUUAAAUUCUUUCUCAACGAGCUGUCCAACACUGAGUAAGUUUUGGUCAAUGUCAGGCACAAACAAAACAUCAUAAAUGAGUUUCAAACCUGUUUGGCUUUCGAUAGCAACCGUUCCUUUGCCCUUCACUGGAAUAUACUCACCAUUUCCAAUUCUGACUUUGGAAAUAGUUGUUCUAUCAAGUUCUCUAAAGAGAUCUUGAUUAUUUGUCAUGUGAUUUGUACAACCACUAUCCACAAGCCAGCUUUCAGAGGUGCUUUUAUUAGCAAAACACGUUGCUGCAAACAAUUGCUCCUCCUGGCAAUAGUCAACUGCUGCACUAGUUUCUUCCUGUUGUUGAUUUUUGCAAAUCCUCUCCACAUGUCCUUGUUUACCACACUUGUUGCAUUUCACAUCUGGUCUCCACCAACAUUUUUGUGGAGAAUGAUUUGUCUUCUUGCAAUGAGGACAAGGUGGAAAAACUCCAUUUUUCUGGUUGUUGCUGCAUGGCUUGUUGUUGUUCAUCUUUCCAUUUUUAUGGCCUGCAUUUUUCUGCAUUCUUGCUUGAAAUGCUCCUUCUGUAGUAUCUCCUUGUCUCAUGAGUCUUCUUUGUUCCACAGCCUCCAAGGAAUGUAAUAAUUCUGUCAAGCUAAUAGUUGACAGAUCUUUUGAAUUCUCCAAAGAGGAAAUUGUAGCUUCAUAUUUCUCAGGAAGUGUAACCAAUAUCUUUUGAACAAUCUUCUCAUUGGAAAAUUCUUUUCCAAGCAGCCUAACUUUGUCUGCUAUUGAAAGAAGUUGUGCAGCAUAGUCUUUAACAGCAUCAGACUCCCUCAUUUUCUUCAUUUCAAAUUCUCGAAUCAAGUUCAUCACCUGCAUGUUCUUGAUUCUUUCAUUUCCUUUGUAUUCCUCCUUGAGAUACUCCCAAAUUUCUACAGCUGAAUCAAUUUUCAUGAUUUUGAUGAAAAUUGAUGGUGAAACUGCAGCAAACAAGCAAGCUUUCGCUUUAGCCUUUCUUGUCCUUCUUUCUUUAUGCAACUUCAUUUGAGCCACAGUUGGAUUGGCUCCCAGGGGAGGAACUUCAUAAUUUUCUUCAACUGCUUCCCAAACAUCAAGUGCUUGUAGAUGAACUGUCAUUCUAACAGCCCAAGUUUCAUAAUUGUCUCCAUCAAGAAUUGAUGGUGCAACUGUGAGACUUGACUCUUCCAUUGCUAUAUGAUUUUAGAAGGUGUUUGGGUUCUCACCUCACUGGCCCCUCAAGAUAACUAUGGCUCUGAUACCACUUUGUUGGUAUAAGAUUAAAUACUUAUACAAAAAAUAUAUUUUUGGGCUGCUGGAACUCUGAUUUUAUUGAUGAAGAGUGCUGAAUUUAUACAUGAACUUGUAACUUAAAUGACAUUAGAAUAGCAGAAAAUCAAGCUACUAGAUGAUGAAUAACUACUUCCUAUAAAAUAGAAACCAAAUCUUGACCAAAUAAAAAUAAGAAAAUAUCUAGAUGUUGCAGAUUUUGUGCAAGACUCCAGCUGCAAUAUUCAAAAUUCAAAUUCCAGCAAAUACUAAGUCAAAAUUCAACAUUCUAGUUUGCUGCUCAUUAGUAGGUAAUUUUAAUUGCUUAUCAUUCUAAUGUCUUAUUUUUCAUAUUCUCAAUAGCCCACACAAUGGUGGAGCUCAUCUUUUUUGGAAGAAAAUACCUCAUUGUUCAAGGUUUUGUUUAAUCAAUUUUAUUAUGUUUGAUACCAGAAUUACUUAAAUAUUCUACAUUGUUAAUGUCUUGACCUCCUUUUUGCAUUCAAAGGCUUUUAAUCUGCUCAACACUCUUGAAGAACUGUACAUGCACACAAGUCAUUGGCUGGUCCGGUUGUGGAAGAUUUGGGCAGGCAACAAACUCUAUUUGCACAUGUUCCAUGUUAAGUAACCAGGAUAAGCAUAGAAGCCUUCUUCUAAGGAACAAAGUUCUAUUAUGACAAUAAAAAAACAUGUGAGGUAAACAACUGCAAUUUUAUGCCAAUGUAUAUUUAGAUCUAGGAUCAUUUAGAAAGUUGCCAUUCCUAAACCAACAAUUUUAUAUAAGUAUUUUAUGGUACUGAAUUGGUCAAAUUUUUAUUUGUUUAAACACACUUUUGGUUUAGCAGCCUAAGUUUUUCGGGAGUCCUUAUAACAAAAGGCAAGUAGAAAGACAAAUCUUUGUCA